GCGCGUUCCCAACGAGAUUUGCCAGUGCAAGUGUCAUGGCUGUGUCUCCGCUCAGGAUCUUGAUACGGAGGACUUUUCUGCAUGGAAGUUUCGUCAGGAAAAGAUACCGCUGUUUAUCGGAAAGAUUGCAAGUUAUAUGCCAGCCCCUGGCCAUACAAGCCUCAGCAAGUCCAUGCUACUUCUACUGUACUCAGGUUCUCUUUAGAAAUGAUGUUACAGUUCAGUAUCGCGAUGGUUUGCCUGUUGUGUCCGUGCCUUUGCCCUCAAGACACGAGAGCUGUGAAUUUACACUGAAGCCGGUCUCUCACACUGUAGCGGACUUCUUGCAAUUUAUCACCCAAGAAGAUCGUGGCAUAGACAGAGUUGCCAUCUACAAAGAAGAUGGAGCUCGUGUUGCAGGAUCUACCCCCAUCGAAAUACUGCUGCGUUCAAACUUCAAGCUUGUCAUUAAUGACAAGGAAUAUGUUGUCACCCCGCCAGAUAUACGGCCGCUGCUCAGCGAGGAAGCCCAGACGCUGUCGGACGUGAAGCACCUGGUGAACGUGCUGUACAGCACGCUGCACAUCGAGGAGUACCAGCUGCAGCGAGAGCGCGACAUCAUGAAACGCCUGGAGGACCUCAACACGCAAAUUGCGCCCCUUGAGCAGAUAAAGCAGCGGAUUGAAGUUAAAGCCUCCAAGACUACAAACCAUCUCUCUUGGCUGGGACUGGGGCUGAUGGGACUGCAGUUUGGCAUCCUAGCACGACUGACAUGGUGGGAAUAUUCAUGGGAUAUUAUGGAGCCUGUCACAUAUUUUGUUACAUAUGGAACCUCCAUGGCCAUGUUUGCUUACUAUCUUCUUACAAAGCAGGAAUAUGUAUUCCCUGAUGUACGUGAUCGUGAGUUCUUGGUACGUUUCUACAAGCUGGCCUACAAAGAGCGCCUGAACGUUGACCACUACAAUCGCUUGCGUGAUGCCAUUAGCAAGGCAGAGGAGGAUCUGCGUCGUCUACAGGACCCUCUUCAGCUACAUUUACCUAUAAAAGAAAUACAGAAACGAUCGGAAAGCAAGCAGUGAUGGUGUCCAGUAGUUGAUCUGUUGUGAUCUUGUCCUGUUACCAUGCUGAUGCUCUUUUAUACUGCCUAGAAAAUCAAUGACAGCUAAAAGUCACAAGUUUAUGUUGUUUUCACCCUAUUAUAGUUAAAGGGAAAAGCAGCUUAAAUAGUAAGUUGGGCUUGAAUAAUAUAUACUAUUUUACUAAUAUCUACUAUUAUAAUAAAUAUAUAGUCAUGUCCAACUAAAAUUUCAGGUUACAAAUAAUUGUUUUCUUAAAGUGACGUCUAAAACAGCAGUAUGAAGUUGUUCAAGUAGGCUGCUAUGUUGCUGAGUGAGGUCUCUAAGCUGUCUUAUAUGAGGUGACUGCCAUUCUCCUGUGUAGGUGUCAAAAUGUAGACAUCCUAAAUUUGGAGAUCAUAAGAGUCUGCAAAGUUGAUUGCCGUCACAAGUCGGUCCAAAGGUGUGUUUUAGAUGUUAUCAUAAGUAAGUAAACAAAGUUUUGCAAAAUGAAAGUUUGAUUGGACAUGAUUCAAAACCUCAGUAUUUAUCAUUUAAGCCCAAAAUACCAUUUGACUUGAUAUCCCAUUAAGAUUCAGACCACAGGAUGAAAUUUAAAACGUGCUAUAUGUGUAAAAUAUAUUGUGAUUGAAAAAAAUGAAAAAUGGAGUAGGAUGAUCAUUUUUGCUUACUUAUUUAAAUAAUACUUUAUCUAACCAGGGUAUGGGCCCCAUUGGCUACACAGAAAUGUUAGCCUUAAUAACUGACUGCUUACUUUGUCAGAAGAAGAAUCUUCUUUUCCUUCACACAAAAUAUAAAUAGAACGCUGAAGCAAAACUAUUGUUUUAAAGACUCCCAUUAAUUUGUAAGUACACAACGCAAGUGAAUUGAGAGCACUUGCAGAUAGUAGUAGAGACGAGCAAAGAGACAUGUUUUAUAAUUCUGUUUUAAUGAUGACCUUAAUGAAAGAGUCUAGAAAUGUAAAUGCUAAGACUGCAGUUCUUUUUCUAAUAGUUCUGUCACCUGUAAUUUUCAGUUGUUUUCUGUAGAGUUUAUCUACAUUUUAUGAUGUGUCAUUCUUGCUUUUAUUUAAGCCUACCAUGCUAUAGAUACAAAACAGCUUUAUAGAAACAGCGAUGCAAAUCUUCAGAUCUUAGACUGAGCAUGCAGCAGCCUUGCAAGUAGACAUCUACUGGCGUUUUUUCCUGCUCCCUCAGUUUGGAUGUGGUACAAAGAAAUUCUUCGAAAGAAAAUUUUUGGCAACCGUAUAUUUAUAGUUUCUUUAUAAGAAACAAGAAUAGUUCUUUUAUAAAUGUGUACAAAAGAAUUUUUGUGCCAGUAUUAUUUCUGGGAGAGAAAGGAUUUAUAACGCAGGAUUAUUCAUCAGUGUGGAUAGAUGUUUUUAGAGUGUCCAAAGCCAGAAGUGUUCUGACUCAAUCCAGUUGACCCAACUGUUAAAUGGGUACCUGAUCACUUACAAGAUUGGGACAGGUAGGACAGCAAAUAAAAGGAGAUUGACACUGCUUGGCGAAAAGGUGGCCCUGCAAUAAAUGCACUUAUUAACACCUCACUCCCCAUGGACUGGAUAAAAUAGAUGAUGGCCUUUAUCUUUGUUAAUUGUUAUUAACGUGCUCACAGCUCUAGGUCAGUUUGAUGACAACUUAUGGCCUAGAUUGUGUAAGCAGUCUUUCAUUUUCCAUUCAUUUAGAUGCCCCUUAACUCUUUACAGUUUAGACAUCCUAGGAGUUGUGGUUUUUCGACUAUACACAUUCUUUUGAACUGUAAAGAAUGUGGUUUUUCGACUAUACAUGUUCUUUAAACUGUAAAGAAUUAACUCACAAAGGACUUGCUCAACCAGUGAGUGUGGAGACACUUUUAUAAAUGGAAAAUAUAAAAUUCUUACUUGGUCCUCUUUAGUUCAAGCACAUAGUGCAUACAUUGUAUGUACUGUUUGCCUGUGGCAUUUACUUUAAAAUGUGUGAGGCAGUAAUCUUUCACAAUGUCUUGUGUUUAUAAUGUGCAGUAAGUUUGAUUCUGUACAUUGGGUUUCUUUAAGGUAUGCUUCCUUUUGCUAGAUGUGUGAAGAUAUGUGAGUAGCACAAGUGUGGAAACAAAUCAUAUUAGGUCAGGCCUGGAGUUGUUCUUCUAGACAGUGUUGUCUCAAACCCAGACUGUUUUGGUUUAUCUAUCUACAAAAUCACAGUUGAUCAGUUGAACCAGUUUAUAAACUCAUUGGAACAGCUUCUAUUGAUAUACACAUUUAAAAACAUAAAACAGCUUUGUGAUCCUAAAAUAAUGGCACUUUGGUUUAUGACAGGUCUUGCAGUUAAAGGUUAAGAAACAGAGAAAUGAGGCUAUUCAUAAUAUUGCUAAGUAGUUGUGAUCUGUAAUACAUAUGUCGUUCAUAUACCAUUUUAUUUUUUUUUUUGUAAAUUGCAUAUCAUUUAGAUAGGUUUCAAUGAUUUCUAUUUGUUUUAUACUUAGCAGCAAGUCCUGUUUUGGGCUGUUUUUGUUGUUUUUGUGGCUGAUAUUGGUUAUAAAAACAUUGUAGAAAUGAAUGAGAGAAAACAAUAGACAUGUAUUCUUUUCUGUUGUGGAAACUGCACACUCUUUUUUACCUUCAUCUUGUCAGUCUUUAUCCAAGUCAACAUCCUCAUAACAACUUUUUAAAACGAGACAAAGAAGAGGAUAUUCUAAAAGAAAUCUGUGGUAGAAUUUGGUUGUCCUGUUCUGAGAAUAGUAAGAAACAUUCUGUUUUUUGCCCAUCAGCCAUAUUUGAUAGACAUACACUGCUGGAAGUUUUUGUCAACAUACUGAAUGUUUGGUCUUUGAAGGUGACGUAUACAUUUGCUUACAAAAAAAGAACAUUUCUUUAUAUUGAUGAAUGGUAUGUGUCAGAAAAAGUGUCUGUAAACUGCAUAUUAUCAAAUCUCUAAUGCUAUAUAUCGCAACACAUUGUGUAAAUAAUCUUAUGAUAGAGUAAAAUUUAAGGCUGUGAAAUCAAUUGUUUCAUUUUUAUAUAAACAGGGAAAAGUGCUUUAAAAACUUUAUAUUGGCAAUACAAUGUUAGUUCUUCCUGAAUGGCAAAACAAUUACUCUUUCCAGAUUUUCUGUGGAAAGCUUGUAUUUUCAAUUUUCUUGUGCCAGAAAUAGUAACAAAGUUAAUAUUUUUAUGUGUUUCUGUGACACUUGGUGAACUGUAGUCAUCUGCAGUUUCAGGUUAUUAUAGAAAGUAGUGGGUAUGGCAAUGUUUCUGUUAGCACAGGUAGAAUCUCAAUAUAAUGAACUCAUUCAAACCAGAGAAAAUUUGUUUUAGAUUGGAUAAUUUGUUACAUCAACAUUCCCAGAUUUCAAUGAGCUCUUCAUAGGAUUUUAGUUUUGUAACAUAUUUGAAUCCUCUUAAAAUGAAGUGCAAAAGAUGUGUACACAAGAGACAUAUGAAGUAUGAUCAGCUGGGAAUGUAUGCAUGAUAAGGAUGACUUCCUUGAAACUGGUUAGAGGGACUUUUUUUCAUUCUUUGAGAUUAUCAUCAUGGAUUUCAUGAUGCCAGACACUUCAGCCACUUUUUUUACCCCUUCUUCAGCUGCAAUAAGGAUCUGAGUUUUCUGUUCCAGUAAGAACCAACACCACUUGUUUGAAAUCAUUUCCCUUUCGUCCUCUCAUACACUAGUAAUUUCUCCAGCAGGCUAAUCCCAUUUCACAGUAGACAACUCUAUUUUAUUCUUGUACACAAUAGAUGUUUGACCUAACUGAAUCAAACAUCUUUAAGUAUUUUAAUAUUUUUGUUUCUCUUUUUAGAGAGCUGGUGGUUUUCUGUAGGCCUGUUGCAGUGUGACAGUCCUCCUUGCGCAGGCUUUACAGUCAAUUACGCUGCAUCAGCAAUCCAGUCUUUGACAUGUAACAUUCCAGUAAAAGCUUAUUAUAACUGAACUUUUCUCACUUUCGAAUUUUAUUUCUGUUCUUGAUAUUUGCUAUGUUGAGAUUGUUUAUAUGGAGAUUUAUUUUAAAUUGAGGUCUGUGGGAAUCUGCCCGGACGGGGGGUGGGGGGGGGGGGAAUGGCAAUGUUGAAAUGUCGAAAAAUGUGUUAUAUGGAGAUUCUACCUGUUUUUAUACAGUAUUCCUUGUUCCCAUCUAGCUGUGAAAGGGGCUUAAUAAAGCUUUUGAGGUAUAUCUUCUAAUCAUGCAAUAUAGAUAGUGAAAUACUUAGUUCAUAAAACUAUUUCCAUAAGUUUUAAUACACAGUUAAAUUGAAAUCAUUAUGAAAGGGACGAUAAAUACCAUGUCUUCAUUUAAGUUUUUGCUGGAGUAUUGUAAUUUUUUUAUUAACUGCUAUUGAUUUGUAAUGUCUGUAAAAAUCUUUCAGCACAGUCUAGUCUAAAUUUAGGAAGAACCCUUUUAAGGUUUGACAAUUUCUUUGCAAUUGUACAUCCACCAACACAAAUUUUAAGUAUUUUUCCAAUUUGUAAAAAAAAACCCUGUAAAUAUGUUCAUCAGUUAACAACAAAUAAAGUUACUAACCAGGGGUAUAGGAUAUUUAGUAUUUUAUUACUGUAGAAGCAGGUUACUGAUAGUUCUGUGAUCACUGACAAAAAUAUUUGAAACCUUGUAGAUGCAGACCCUGUUAGGUGUACCUGCUGUUACAGAGAGUCCUGUCAGCUGCCUAAUCUCUUGUGCUGCCCAGGUCAAGGGACUAAACUCUCUAUUUUCCUGUACAGGCUUGUUGUUUGUACCAGACAGUGCCUGUAAGAUAUAAAUGUGUAUCCAUCAGUUUCAUCAGGCUGUCUGUGAUUCAUCAGUGUGUACUAAGAAGCAAAAACUGUUGCUUCUUUUAAUAGUCGCUUGCAGCUUUGUGCAGUUUAAUGCUGGCCACGUAAAUGCUUGUCACGUUUAUGAAUAGUCAUGAUAUUUUUUCUAACAGAUCUUUCGCAUUGUUUUUGAUUUUUCAACUCUGUCCUCAGUAUAAUAAUUGUUGCAUCACCUCAUCAUUAUCAGUCCUUUAGCCUUGAGAGUCAUGGAGGCACCUAAAAACACUGCUACCCACUCUAAUUAUUAUUUAUUCUGCGCAAUGAGCAUUCUUCUGAAUGGAUACCUGCGCAUUAUAAAUUGACAUCAUCAUCAUCAUUAUUAACUGUUCUCUGCUUUUCUCUGAGAUGUGCUUAGCUGCUUAACCAGCAAACGUGUAGAUGUCCUCUACCCAUUGUUUCCUUUUGUCUGUGUGGUCCUAUACUGUUCUAGCGUCUUAUGAUCUUCUGUGCAGGAAUGUGUUGGCAAAACUGGAGGGUCUUUAUGCCAAUAUCUCUGUACUUGACUAGUAGGUCUCCACAGAGCCCAGUUAUCUGACUUUGUUUCACACUUCUUUAUUGGAUGGUCUUUGUAGGAGAUGUGUAAGAUUUUCAUACACAUCUCUGUGAUCUGAAUUGUAUACCCUUGAAUGGCUGUGUGUUUGUUGGUAAUGUUUGUGGCCCCUAAUAAAAUAAUAAAACUAUGUUUAUAGGCUACUGCACUUUUCUCAAGUAUUGCUUGUGCUGAGGUAACAAAAUAUUUUCAUUUUUUCUGUUUACACAUUCAUAAUAUUCCUCUUCUUUGUCAAUGUAAUUUUACACAUAAAAAGAGAUCUGUUUUUAUCACCAUUUUAACCUUCUUUAAGAAAUAGUCCAGUUUAGCAAAGUGUUUCACCCUGCACUCUUCAAUAUACAUUCUUUUGUAAACCUUGAGAAAAGUACUUGCAGAUCUUGUGCAUUUUUAAUAAAGAUUUUGAUGGCUUAUGAUCUUUUAAGCUUCUGUCAGUUUAUUUUAUUAAAAACCAAUUUUUUUAUGAAAGAAAAAAAUGUUUUGGCUACAUUUUAGCAGAGUUCUCUUUAUAUUGGUAGAUUAACUAAGCAACUGGAAAGCUGUAAAAUAGUCAAAUGACUUUUUUGCUGCAAGUAUGAAUUUAAAGGGAGAUAUGCACUGUAGUAGGAUGGAUGUAAGUGAGGAUUGGCUGUCUUAGGUUCAGAUCUCAUCUUAGGCACACCGUUUCUUUCUCUGCAUGUGGCAAAUGCUCAACAAAUAUCUACCAAACACAUUAACAGUUUCCUCUUUGGAAGAACACUAUCAACAGACAGAAUGCUGUUAUCAAAGAUUUCGUCUGUUAUAUCACAGGGGAGACCACCUCCAUCAGGACAUUCUUUUCCUAUCCUUGCAUUGAGGUCUCCGAGUAUGAUCACAUAAUGGUUAAAAUGUUCUAAAAGAUCAAACACAUUUCUAACAAAGAUACUCCAUUAGAGAUUUCCACGUCAUUAUAGUAAGAAGAAUCGAUUGUGGCAGGUAAGCACUAAGCAUUAUUGUAUUCAGUACUAAUUUGUUCAACAUAGGUACUUAUUUCCCUCCUGACGUGAAAUACUUCAUCACCAGUCACGCAUUAGUCUAAAAGUUGGCAAUGCUACUGCAGACAUUUCAACCAAAAGUGCAAAAUCAAAUUUAGAAAUGUAAGGAAUCACACCAGAUCAAAAAUUAUGCAUAAUGUCUUCUACAUUAUAAGUAAGAAAACUUACGUGUCUCUCCGGCAGCUUGUUAGCAGGUACAGAAUGAGUAACUAUAGUAUUAUCAACUAAUGAACUAGUUUUUGCUGAAUCACACGGCCAGGCCUAAACCCUAUGGUUUAAAAGUGAAGUUACUAGCCACACUGAACUGACGCUGAGGCUGGUUACAUAUAGAACAUAGUGUCGGCCCAGAAUUUAGUCUGUCAAUCGCCUGUCUUUUUUUUUGAGAGGGCAUGUGCUGUAAUAGUAUGAAUGUGAGGAUUGGCUGUCCUAGGUUCAGAUCUCAUCUCAGGCACAUUUUAUUUUUUUGCACGUUGGUUCUGCUUAGAGGCUGACUGCUUUGCCUUAGUUGCUUGCUUAGUCUAAAGCACCAAUAUUACUCCCUUGAAUAAAACAUGUUCUUGAGAUGGAAUGGUAUUGUCUGUACCCAUGAUACAUAUCCAUGUAAGUGCACCAGUUGAAAGCUUUUAUCUUUUGACCGGAAAACCCCAUUCCAUACUUUGCAAGUGUAGCAAACCUUGGUUACAUGUAAUUUGUCUCGUGCUGAAAAUUUGUUAAAUUGUGACUGUACCUUAAGUCUGAUGUACAAUAUCAUAAGUAAAAGAACUCAAAAUAUUUUGCACCUUUCUGUUGUAGCUGUGACAUGUUUUGGAACAAUUUAGAUUUAUAAGAAUUUGUGUGUGUGUGUGUGUACUGAGGUGUACUUAAUGAACAAAGAUAACAUGUAAACCAUUUGAUUAUUUCCUAUUAACCAUUUAUUUCUGUAAUUUAUAGUGAAUGUAAAAGUCCAUCUGCUCUUGAAAGUCAUUUAAAGUAAUCUUCUGAUAAAAGAGUAACAACCCAUCAAUAACAUGUCCAGUAUUUUUUGCACUAUGAAUCGGAAGGGUAAGAUCUGUUUGGUUUUUGGUUGAUUUACAUGCCUGUUUUGUUGCUAAGUUGCUUUGCUUUUUGUCUUUUCUCAGUAGAUCAUAGUACUAUAUUUUAUAUGUGAAUUACUCAAGCUGUUUUAUUAUGAGUAAACAAGUGAACAGCACUCAGUGUGACAACAAACUAUCAAUCUCAGAAAUCUGGAUCAUAUAGUUGAGGAUAUUUUUCUGUAGACAUAUCAUUUGUGAGCAUAGAGUUAACCACUGGCAAGAUAGAAAUUAUACAGUAGCUAUGUAAGAUAAAGGCAUUCAAUGGUAAAUAAUUUUUUUUAUAGCUGUAGUAAUGGUGCAGAUGGGUUUGGAGCCAGUGAAAAUUUAUUUGGCUUAAACAGUUAAGUGUAGUUAAUAUUGUAGAAUAGACAUACUGUUUGAUUUUCAAAAGGAAUGCCUUUUCAACAUAUCUUAACUCAUUUAAUUUUGGUGUAUUGGCACAAUUGAGCUAUAAAGGCGUUCACAUUCAUGGGUACCAGUUGGAAGAGGUCAGAAUACAGAAUAUCGCUGACGCUGUCAUUUUAAAAGACCUAUAGAGUAUGCAAUUUUUUCCCAGAAUUUUAAAUAUUAAUUUCUAACGUCUCUAUCGUGUAUGAUGGUUCAUAAUGCUUCACUGCUGUAUUCAAUCUUUUCUUGAAAAGAUAGGUUGGAACAAUACCCUUUUUGUGUUUAGUUCUGCUGGUUAUAGUACGUAGUGGCAGUGUAGCAGUUAUUAUUAUCUUCAUUAUAAUUAGGUUGCAUAUGAACAAAUGUAUCUUGUUACUUCCGCCUUUUUCAAAUUAUAUAUCUCUCCUGCUCACCAGCUUAUGCUUAUUAGCCUUUGUACAGUUUUUAUAAGUCUUAUCAGCUUCAUGACUAAAUUUUCUAUUAAAAGCUUAUUCUUUACUGAUAUAUUUCUGGAAAGUUAUAAAGUGAAAUGUUACACA